AUGGCUCCGCCUCCAUUGGUAUUUCGGGUGGUCAUGGUUCGAAUGCUGACAAAAUAUAGGUGGUACACAAUGGAGAAUGAGGCGAUAUAUACGACAUUCAAUAAUGUCCUCAAGGAUAGAUAUAGGGACAUGAUGAGGGAUUUGAGGAAGUUAUCUACCAUAGUGUCACGACGUGAUGGGCUACCAAUUCAAAAAGAGAAAUGGAAAAAGUUGUCAGAAGUUGCUCAGAAGAACCAUAACACCCCUGAUUUUAAUAGGAAGACAUCAAGGAAUACAGUUGGUAGCAUAGGAUAUGCCGAGCACCGUUGUAACUUGAGAGCACAGCUGGGUAAAGAUCCAGAAUUUUGUGAUCUGUACGUGAAGACACAUGGCACCAGAGCAUCAGAUGCCAAUUUUGUGGUUUUUGGGACAACAACUUCCGAAUCUACCCGGUCCAUCCAAUCCAACAACAACACACAACAAGAGGUUGAUAGAUUGCGUGAAGAAGUUUCUAACAUGCGACAAUUUCAAGAACAAAUGGUACAACAAAUGGAAAGGAUGAUGAGGAUGAUGAAUGUGACGCCAAAUCAAGCUCAUACUCCACCUCAUACUCCACCUGAGGAUGGUGUAUAA